AUGCUUCCCAACCUGACCGUGGAGAGUCCAGACGUGUUUCUUCUGACGGGCAUCCCUGGGCUAGAAAAUGUUCAGUCCUGGUUCACCAUACCCCUGUGCACCAUGUACAUGGUUGCCAUUCUGGGGAACUGCACCAUCCUCUUCAUCAUCCACACGGAGACCAGCCUCCACCAGCCCAUGUACUAUUUCCUGAGCAUGUUGGCCCUCUCUGACCUGGGCCUCUCAGUGUCCACCAUGCCCACAAUGCUGAGCAUCUUCCUCUUCAACUCCAGGGAGGUGAAGGUCAAUGCCUGCAUCGCCCAGCUCUACUUCAUCCACACGUUCUCCCUCAUGGAGUCAGCCGUGCUGCUGACCAUGGCCUUUGAUCGCUUUGUGGCCAUCCAACAGCCCCUCAGAUACACCUCUAUCCUGACAGACUCCACUGUCCUCAGGACAGGGUUGGCAUUUGCAGUAAGGAGUGUUUUUAUGGUAAUGCCUACCCCCAUUCUCCUCCGCCGGCUGCAGUUCUGCCUUCCCAAUGUCCUCUCUCACUCUUUCUGCCUGCACCAGGAUGUCAUGAAGCUGUCCUGCUCUGACAGGAGGGUCAACAGCAUCCUUGGGCUCUUUGUUGUUGUCUCCACCAUGGGCCUGGACUCUGUGCUCAUUGUGCUGUCCUACAUUAUGAUCAUCAGCACGGUGCUGGGCAUCGCCUCCCGAGAUGAGCGCCUCAAGGCCCUCAACACCUGUGUCUCUCACAUCUGUGCUGUCCUGAUCUUCUACAUCCCCAUGAUCGGCAUUUCCAUGAUUCACCGGUUUGGGAAACAUGCCUCUCCCCUGGUGCAUGUCUUCAUGGCCGACAUCUAUGUGUUGGUGCCCCCAGUGAUGAAUCCCAUCGUGUACAGUGUAAAAACUAAGCAGAUUCGGCAGCGGAUACUUCUGAGGUUUCACAGGCAAAGACCACUGGAAGAACAUUAA